GAUUGGUCAUUAUCGUGCCCUUCACGGUGCAUGUGCAUUAAGGGGCGGAUUAAAGCCGGAUUUCUUGAAGGGGGGCUUUCACUUUGGAUAUUUCACAGUAACAUCACUUCGUGUUUAUAUAGCUCGUUUCCUUGUAUGGAGGGUAAAAAUUGAAGAACGCUUGUUGCAAGGCGCAUCAUCUUCUCCCCCUCCCCCUCAAGUUAUCGUGGUGGCCUCGCCCCCUCUUCCCCCUUAAGAAAUAAUUAAAGUCAUUUUAUUCAUAGAAAAAAAACAAGCAAGCAUCCCCUAAUGAAGCGCGGAUGUGGUACUUUUGCAGCCUCCGUCAAAUUUGGAGAUGAUCGUCGGGACAUCAGUGCGUGUUGCUGUUGUCGAACACACUGUGGGACGGCUCGGCUGAUGCCUUGUGGAUCCGCGGGAUGAUGUCAUGUAUCAGUGCACCCCACGUGGGGCCCGCCGCUCUCCGAUAGGCAGAUGUGGCCAUAUUCCUUCCGAGUAAUGCGAUUGGACAGAUAGACGCUUCCACGGCAGUUCAGCCCUGCUGCCUGUGUGUGGCAACCGGGGGUAAGCUGGACAACUGGGGGGGAAAUGCGAGAUGGUGGAGAGUACCGUGUUACGCGUUUAAAGAACCUCUUCGACUCGUAGGAGAGAUUUUUUUUGGAAGCCUAUGUGUAUAUUUGUUUUUGUUUUUUUUCUUUUUUUGAAAGGAUUAACCAGCCGCGUAAAGAGCGCAUUCCUCGGAGGUUCAACGCCGAAGAAUAAAGUAGUUUAAUCGAGCCCGACCGCACGAAAUUUUCUCCCAACUGCUCCCUCCAGUCUGGUCUAGUCUGGCUGGCUGCGUUCUGGAGAGAGUGGAGGAUGCUUGUCGAGAUCUGCGUCUACAUUACGAGGGAUUAAACGCCUGAAUUGUACCGUUCUGUUUUUUUCCCCUCAUUCUCCCUCUCUCUCUUUGGGGAAAAACAGUCGGACCAACGACUAGGACGCACGUUUGGAAUUUCCACGACCUCCCCUCACCCCACCCCUGUCUGCUGAGAUCGGUAUCUGUGAGCCAAAUUUCGACCAUUUUGCCAAAGGACCUGCACACUGGAGACAUAAACAAAGGAUACAUUUCAAGAUGUAUCCACAAGGCCGACAUCCGGCUCCACAUCAGCCCGGCCAGCCUGGCUUCAAAUUUACAGUCGCCGAGUCUUGCGACAGAAUUAAAGAUGAGUUUCAAUUCCUCCAAGCCCAGUAUCACAGUCUCAAGGUGGAGUAUGACAAACUGGCCAAUGAGAAAACGGAGAUGCAGCGCCACUAUGUCAUGUACUACGAGAUGUCUUAUGGGUUGAACAUAGAGAUGCACAAACAGACUGAGAUUGCCAAACGACUGAACGCAAUUUUAGCUCAAAUUAUGCCUUUCCUGUCACAAGAGCACCAACAGCAGGUUGCUCAGGCAGUGGAGAGGGCUAAGCAGGUGACUAUGACCGAGCUGAAUGCCAUCAUCGGGCAGCAGCAAACUGCCUACCCUGCUCUUAUGCAGCAGCAGCUCCAGGCGCAGCACCUCUCCCACGCUGCUCACGGCCCUCCGGUCCAGCUGCCGCCCCACCCCUCGGGGCUGCAGCCUCCAGGAAUCCCCCCUGUGACCGGCUCUGGAUCGGGCCUGCUGGCACUUGGGGCUCUGGGCAGCCAAACUCAUCUCCCAGUGAAGGAUGAAAAGAACCAUCAUGAUCUCGAGCACAGAGAAAGCACGAAUAACUCAAUAUCGCCAUCAGAAAGUUUGCGAACAGCCAGUGAGAAACAUCGCAGCUCCUCAGACUACAGCUUGGAUUCAAAGAAACGCAAAGUGGAGGAGAAGGACAGCAUGAGCAGAUAUGACAGUGAUGGAGAGAAAAGUGAUGAUUUGGUGGUAGAUGUGUCUAAUGAGGAUCCCACUACUCCACGGGCAAGCCCGGCCCAUUCCCCACCAGAAAACGGCAUCGAUAAACCGCGCCCACCCAAGAAAGACACGCCCAACAGCCCAGCGUCGGUGGCCUCCUCCGGGAGCACCCCGUCUUCCAAAGCCAAGGAGCUCAGUCACAAUGACAAAUCCUCCACGCCUGGUCUCAAAUCCAACACCCCCACCCCGCGUAACGAUGCCCCCACCCCUGGCACCAGCUCCACUCCUGGGCUCAGACCCAUCCUGGGCAAACCACCAGGCAUGGAGGCUCUUGCAGCACCAGCUUUGCGGACCCCUCUGUCCAUUGCUGGCUCCUAUCCUACUCCCUUUGCCAUGAUGGGCCACCAUGAAAUGAAUGGAAGUCUGACGAGUCCGGGCGUAUACGCUGGCCUGCACAUCUCCCCUCAGAUGAGUGCUGCAGCAGCCGCAGCGUAUGGACGCUCCCCAAUGGGUUUUGACCCUCACACACAUAUGAGAGCCCCUGGCCUUCCAGCUAGCCUCACGUCCAUUUCUGGGGGCAAACCUGCGUACUCUUUCCAUGUCAGCGCAGAUGGUCAGAUGCAACCUGUACCCUUCCCGCCCGAUGCUCUCAUUGGCCCAGGUAUCCCGCGUCAUGCACGUCAGAUCAACACACUAAGCCAUGGCGAAGUGGUGUGUGCUGUCACCAUUAGCAACCCCACCCGUCACGUAUACACUGGCGGUAAGGGCUGCGUCAAAAUCUGGGACAUCAGUCAGCCAGGCAGCAAAAGCCCUGUAUCCCAACUGGACUGUCUGAACAGGGAUAACUACAUCCGAUCCUGUAAGCUCCUGCCUGAUGGUCGCACAUUGAUUGUUGGAGGCGAGGCCAGCACUCUGACCAUCUGGGACCUGGCCUCCCAGACGCCCCGCAUCAAAGCUGAGCUCACCUCGUCCGCCCCGGCGUGCUACGCCUUGGCUAUCAGCCCCGACGCCAAAGUCUGCUUCUCCUGCUGCAGUGAUGGAAACAUCGCCGUUUGGGACCUGCACAACCAGACUCUUGUUAGGCAGUUCCAGGGUCAUACAGAUGGUGCUAGCUGUAUUGACAUUUCUCAUGAUGGUACUAAACUGUGGACAGGCGGCCUUGAUAACACUGUUCGCUCUUGGGAUCUAAGAGAGGGUCGACAGCUGCAGCAGCACGACUUCACUUCACAGAUCUUCUCCUUGGGCUACUGUCCGACGGGAGAGUGGCUUGCUGUUGGAAUGGAGAGCAGCAAUGUGGAGGUGCUCCAUCAUUCGAAGCCGGACAAGUAUCAGCUGCACCUGCACGAGAGCUGCGUCCUCUCCCUUAAGUUCGCCUACUGUGGUAAAUGGUUUGUAAGCACUGGGAAGGACAAUCUGUUGAACGCUUGGAGGACUCCUUAUGGCGCCAGCAUAUUCCAGUCCAAGGAAUCCUCUUCGGUCCUGAGCUGCGACAUCUCAACGGAUGACAAGUACAUUGUGACGGGCUCCGGUGACAAGAAGGCCACCGUGUAUGAAGUGAUUUACUAGAACUGCUUAGGACGGCUUCGAAUCGGAGCAUGCCCAUGCUUAGGAAUGGCAUGCUCUUCCUCCUCCGUCUAUCUUCCCUCAAACAGACGAAAUGGAUUCCGCUUUGCAGGACAGGAAGUUUGGCAGUGCCAGACUGGAAUGGAUGGUGGCGCUGUUCUGGACCUGGAUUUUAUGUCUGAUUACUACAACACUCUGUACAGCAAGAGCGGUUUUGCGAAGGCACUGAGAUAAAGGAAAUUAAACAAAAAGACGUCUUGCUGUUUUUUUGUUUUUUUUUUCCUGUUGGAUUUUUUUUAUUUUUUUUUAUGCUUUUUGACUGUGGAGAUAAAGUUCCAUGACACAACUAGAAGCGGUGCUUCACUUUGGAGCUUUUCCUCGGAGGUCCUGUGAAAAGUGUACAUAAUGGAGUAAUAAAUGGCCUUUUAUAGAUUUAUAUUUUGGUGUCCAAUUUCGCUUGUGAUGGUUCUUUCUUGUUCUCUCUGUGAUUUUCUGUCCCCUUUGGGGAUGGAAAUUAGAUUAGGACUUUGUAAGAGGAUAUUCUGUUUCCUCCUCCCCUCCCCUCCUUUCCAUUUUUUUCCCAUGUUCUUUGUCAAGAGCAACCUUUUUCGGAAAUCUAAUUUGGAGCUUUUUUUUUCUUUCUUUCCCGAUAACAGCUUUUUUUUUUUUCCUUUUUUUUUUCUUUGUUUGCUACUUGGUACAAAACAACAGAUGCUUGUUCCAAGGAGUUUAGCCACAGAAGACUCCGGAACUGCCCGUUUCCCCCCGCUCCCCUGUCUGGAGGACGAAGAAAUUCAUUGUUUUCAGUUUUCAGUGGCCCACUGGCUUUGGUCAGCAGAAACUCAACUCUGAAAUGAAGAUCUGUCCCUGAACACUGGCUGCUUUCAGUAAUACCAAAAUGGAUAACUAACGACUGGGAGACUGAUAGAUUUCCUGAAAGGCAGCCGUGACUUGAGCUCAGAUGUUGACUCAACCAUUGUAUGAAAAUUCAUUGCUCCGCUCUGCAAAGUCAUCAGUCUGUGCAAGUUAAUUAUUGCCUUCCUUGUUUUGACGGCCUGUGACUGAUAUGCAAGACUUGCUUGGUUACACAUAUAGAUGGCAAGCAAAGCCACAUCCACAUUUGACAGCCUAGGUAUGCCAUUUGCUUUCUUCAGUACUUGCAAUAUUCUGCCUGGAAAACUCUUACAGCAACAACCUCUACAUAAACUGUCGCAUACACUCAUCUUCACCCAUAAGGAUUGUACAGUAGACAGUUGUUGAUAAGUCAAUAAACUGUUUUUAUAUAAAGUAUAAUCUGGACUUGAUUUCUAAACUGCUGUUGCCAUUCUGCUUACGAAGGUGUUUAGUGAAUAGCUGGAUGUUUUAACUCUUUUUUUUUAAAAACGAUGAAACCUUAACAUGAAAGUAGCAGAAGAGUCAGGGAGAAUGUGAAAAAUAUCCAACCCUUUUUUUUUUUUUACAAAAUCUGCAUAUCGGCUCUUUUUAAAAUGGUAAAAUUAUAUAUUUUUUAUUUCAUUUUGAAGGACUUAUUUGCCUAAUUGUAUUUCUGUCAUUGUUUUGGCUUCUAUUUCAACUGAUUCACUGGCAUAGAUUAGUGCCAAGACUACAGAUGUCUGCAAAUGGUAAUUUUAAUCUUUUUACAUCAAACUAGCAACUAUUAUGCUAAUAAGUUCAUUUUCAGAUGAAAUUUUGUGCAGCUUUUAUUGCAAGGGAAUAAAUCAUAACUAUGUAUCCUCCGUCAAUCUUUGUGAUAAAUUCAGUUAACUGAAAGACAACAAAUUUGUUUAUUUCCAAAAUCUGAAACGUCUGAAACAUAAGGUGUUCAAAUCUGUUGAAAUAGCAGAUUUUAGACACAUUUUUCAAAGAAGACUAUGGUAUCACUCCAGACCUUUUUCCACCUUCAGAAAUAAAAUGGAAACAAUAAUCUGAUUUAAGGUACCUGCUUACACUUAAAAUAGCAUCAGAUUUUUUGUUAGUUUUAUUUAUUUCCUAACUCUGGCUUUUACAGCUACAAUUUUCUUCCAGUGCAAAUACUUUUUUUUAUUUGAUUUAUAAAGGACACCUUGGUGCUUUGGGUUAAAAUUAGCAGGUUUUUGCUAUAUUUUUUAAAUCAUUCUCAAGUAAGGUUGCAUCAGAACAUGAUACUGCCACUACCAUCUUUCACUGUGUUCUUUUAGCAAUAUGGUUAUUCUUUUGAAAUUGUGGCCUAUUCAGUUGUAGCUCUGCCUAUAACACUUUCUUCCAUAAGUUUGUGUCAGGCUUGGAUAUUUUUUAUGAAAGAAAGAACUUCUGUCUUGCCAGUCAACACUUUAGUCAUAUAUGCAAUGCUGUAGAACCUUUUUUUAGUAUCUUUGUCCUGACUGAUACUUUUCUACAAUUAGAUAUUUUUGAUCUGCUCUCUUCAAACCAUGACUUAAAUGUGAAAAACCCAGACAUAGACAAACAUUUUUAAAAAGUUCAAGCUUGUGGAUGGCUUUAUACUUUGGAGGUGAAAACAUGUUUUUGUACAGUUUUACGAUGAUAAUAAUCUGAAAUUAUUUAGCAUUUUGUGCAAGUGUUACACAGACAUGACAUAUGUACACAUUGUAAUGUUCACCCCCCAAAAUUUUAAAAGACAUUUUGCUUAUCUUGCUUUUGAUUAAUGUGGUACAGUAACUCACAGAGAUCUUGCACAUCAAAAGUUUUUGAAGUUGGGGUAUUUUGUGACUGUAGCAGGAGUCACAAAAUAAACCUGCCUAAUAGGAAGCCUCCUAUUAGGCAGGUUUCCUACCUAAUAGGAUUCCAAGACUGAAUAAAAAUGUUCAGUCUCUAAGUCUGGGUACAAAAACAACAACAAAAAAACGAAAGAAAAAUAAAUAUUUGUACAUUUAUUUUGUUUGAAAUAGAGAUUGUGUAAUACUGCAACACAAGGUCUUACAAGGUUAACUUGAAAGAUGAAAAUGUCAGGAAAAGACUACUAAGACAGCGGAACUCUAUUUUUGGUUCAUUGAAUUUGUUAUUAUCGAUGGCAUGUAGACACAAGAAGACAAAAUGCUGAAAUUAAAUCAAUGUGUGCUAUUAGAUUAAGGGUGUGUCCACACUUAUGCAUUGUUUACCUUUGCUUCUGGUACACUGGCCUGUAUCCUAAAAAUCUAUAACAAUAAAACAAAAGACGUAGAAAAAUAAGGGAUAAAAGCAUGACCAAAAAAGCAACAGAAGUAAACACAGUUAUUCACUAAAAAUGCAGCUAUUAUAACACAGUCACCUUGAUCCCGUGCUUCCAGAAGCUUAAAGGAUACCUUUGAUCAUGAGGCAUUAUCACAGUCAAAGACUUUAUCUUUUUUUUUUUAUUAGUAUUAUUCAAAAUUUAUCUUUUUCAAAUGUCCCUGUUUAGAUUUUUUAUUUUAUUUUAUUUUAUUUUUUUAUUGAACUGUAUGGAAUAGUACUUCCCAAUAAAUGUGGGAAACGUUUUGA